UUGGUUCUUCGGUGUGAAUUAGUGUCACUGUUUGACUCGGAGUAAGGUGGAGUAAACUCUUCAAAGCUUUCCAUCAGCCUGGAAAUGGAUGAAAACAUUUUUAUUUAUGGAAGUUUUCAUUUUGUUUUUUUCACACCUGGCGUGACCUUUGAAGUGGAGUGAGAGAGAGAGAGAGAGAGAGAGAGAGAGAGAGAGAGACUUAGGGAGAGAGAGAGAGAGAGAGAAAGAGAGAGAGAGAGAGAGAGAGAGAGAGAGAGAGAGAGAGAGAGAGAGAGAGAAAGAGAGAGAGAGAGGAAGUGGUGAGUCGAAGCUUGUCGCCACAGUCAACCUGACACACUUUCUAUCGCCUGACCUGUAAAAGGAUCAGGAUGGAUUUGUGAGCUUAAGACUCACUGAAAUGCUGAAGAACUCCCAGAACACGGACAACUUUGCCAAGGACUGAGGCUCUGCAGAAUUUAGUUGGCGGACAAGGACAGUAAUGUCUCUUCUUGCUGAAUAAUAGCAUCAUUAGGCAAAAAGGAAGCUCAUCCAGGAACAACAUUCACACUUCCUUCUUGUAAAAUAUCGAUCUGCGCCAACAAUGUCAGCCACCAACACAACCAAAGCAAAAAGGGCGAGUCCAACCUUCAAGCUGUCAAAGAAUAUUAAAAAGCCCACAGCUGCUACUCUGAAAGGUGCCAUCCAGCUGGCCAUUAGCUAUGCUGUGGGAAACCUCAGCUCCAAACCUGACAGAGAUGUUCUCAUGCAAGACUUUUCUCUGGUGGAGAGUGUCUUCUUGCCAAGCGAAGGCAGCAGUUUGACUCCAGCACAUCACUACUCAGACUUCCACCUGAAGACAUACGCACCACUGGCAUUCCGCUACUUCAGAGAGCUUUUCGGAAUCAAAGCAGACGACUACUUGUACUCCAUGUGUAAGGAGCCUCUAAUCGAGCUGACCAACCCCGGGGCCAGCAGCUCCUGGUUCUACCUUACCAGUGAUGAUGAGUUCAUCAUCAAGACUGUGCAGCCUAAAGAAGCAGAGUUCCUACAGAAGCUUCUUCCUGGAUACUACAUGAACCUGAACCAGAACCCAAGAACUUUGUUGCCUAAGUUUUACGGACUUUACUGCAUCCAGUGGGCUGGUUUCACUGUCCGUGUGGUGGUGAUGAAUAACGUGCUGCCACGCGCCAUCACGAUGCACUUCAAGUACGACCUGAAGGGUUCGUCGUACAAACGCCGCGCCUCACAAAAAGAACGCAUUAAGUCUUCGCCCACAUUCAAAGACUUGGACUUCCAGGAGAUACAUGAAGGCUUGUUCUUUGAUGCGGAGACCUACAACGCCCUAAUGAGGACUCUGCAGAGAGAUUGCAGGGUUCUAGAGAGCUUCAAGAUCAUGGACUACAGUCUUUUGCUGGGAAUCCACAUUUUGGAUUACAAAGUCUUCAGCAGGGAGAGCAGACUGGACAGUAGGAAAGGUCAAAAAGUCCUCUACUCUACCGCCCUGGAGUCCAUCCAGGGGACCGUGAGGGACCCAGCAAUAAUGAAAGAUGACGACACAUUGGGUGGAAUUCCUGCCAAACAUAGAGAUGAAAAACUCCUCAUCUUCCUGGGAAUAAUUGACAUCCUUCAGUCAUACAGGUUUAUUAAGAAGGUGGAACAUUCCUGGAAAGCCCUUCUACAUGAUGGGGACACGGUUUCGGUUCACAGGCCCAGUUUUUAUGCCGACAGGUUUCUGAAGUUCAUGGGGACGGUGGUAUUCAAACGCAUGCAAACAUUGAGAGGAACGUCUUCGAGGAGGAAGAGGAAUUCUUUUGCCACUGGUCGCUCAGCCUCUCAGGAGUUACUCUCGCCUCACAAUGUGCAACAGAAAGAAGAGAAGAAAGCGCAAAGCAUGGAAAACAUCAAUGGUUCCGUUUCCUGCGAAGAAGCUCCCUCCUUCAUGUCUACUGAAGAAGAACACCUUGAAAACAGCGAAGAAAGACGAGCUUCUUGUUCAACGAUCGCACUUGAUGAUGCUCUGCCACCCGUCGCCAGAACCCUGUCAGACACAGAAAUUGAUGUCCAUUUGUGAGCUGACGAAGAUGCCGGACGUGUUCCUAGAAGACAUUCCUUUCAAAGACCUCUGACCUCCCACUCUUGCACACAUUAACGCACGAUGCUGUGUGACAAAACGGAGUAGAGGAAAAUACUCAAGACGCUGACUCUUCUUGAAAUCAUUAGAGACUCGCAGUGUCUGGUACUACACUAAACUGAAAUGCCAAUACACGUUGGGUGUAACACAACAUAAUAUAUUACAACACAUUACAAAACUGGCAGAACAGGGGUUAGAACAUGUGUCUCACAAUACAAAGGUCCUGGGUUCGAUCCUCAGGUUCUCCCCUUGACUGCGCUGGUUCCCUCCGGGUACUCCGACAUCCUCCCACCUACAAAAACAUGCACCUGGGGAUAGCCUGAUUGGCAACUCUAAAUUGGCCCUAGUGUGUGAAUGUGAGUCUAACUGUGUUGGCCCUGUGAUGAGGUGGCGAGUUGUCCAGGGUGUACCCCGCCUUCCGCCCGAAUGCAGCUGAGAUAGGCUCCAGCACCGGCUGCCACCCCGAAAGUGGUAAAAAAUGGGCAUCACAAAACAAUAACAACAUGUUACAUCACGAUACAAUACAAUACAAUAACAAUGCUUUUCAGUUUCCUGCACACGUUGAUAAUAAUUUAAGAAUAUUCAUAUUUUCUGAUCAAUAUUCUGUCAGUGGCUGGAUCACUGUGGAUAUGUUUUGUCAGUAUUUAAUUUAUUUCCUUGCCUUGGAGUUGUUGUCGAUCUUGUUGCUGAAUCAAAGAUUUAGAUAUAUGUGUACAUAUAUAUAUAUAUAUAUAUAUAUAUAUCCUGCAUCAUUUCUGAAAUGAAGCAAUCUAUAUGUUACUGUGUUAGAAAUGGCUUUAAAAGUGAGGUUUUCACAUUCUUUAGUUAAAGUCUCUGUUUCACAAUCAAAUGUUCUGCUUUCAUUAAGAGGUCUGUGUAAUUUUCAUAUAAUAAUGUUUUAUGUCCAAUAAAAGAUUAUCUAUA